GCGCCGUCAUUCGAAGUUUACCUCUCGCGGUGGAAGGUUAGCGCUUUUGUUUACGUUAUCGCGCUGUAUGUUCGGACAAAACACACACAAAAAUACUUGCAAAAGGAGCACUUUUUCCUCAGAAAGGAAAUUCGGUCGAUUGAUAUUAGUCUACGUCGGUGUCGUCGUUGUCGGCGUCGUUGCUGUUUUUUUUUUCAAUCGUGAAAAGUUUUCCUUUAGUGACGCAAAACGUAGCUUUUGUUCAUAGUUUGUUUUCGUGCUGGUCCAAAAUUGAUGAAAAUCGAAAAGUGCGUUGCUACUCUUGCCUUUGCUGCAAUCAGUGAUAAAGUGGAAAAAUACGUGUUUCUAAGCGAGCGCUGACACACUCAGAGUGCACAUAUUACGAGCAAAGAAAGGAAUAUGUAAAUUUAAUCAAUUUGCACAGUGCCACAAGUGCACAUAUAUGAAAGAGUUCGUUUUUAUUGAUCGAAAGUAAGCCGGAGUCCGGAUUUGUGUGCUGUUUUUUUUGCUGUUGCUGCUGAAGGAAUCGCCAAUUCCACAUUUCAAACAGUAUCGUGAUUCAUUUGGAGUCGAAGCACUCAUUCAGCACAAACGAGGACCACAGGCUGGGAUAACCGUUACUGUGACGCAUAGCUCGGGCCGAAUGGAAGCAUGGAUAACGAGCAGCCACACCAGGAAUUGGUAAAAUGUGUCCUCGUAGGCGACACUGCUGUCGGCAAAACACGUCUGAUCUGUGCACGGGCCUGCAAUAAGCAUGUAUCACUUUCGCAGUUACUCAACACGCAUGUGCCAACCGUGUGGGCCAUUGACCAAUAUCGGAUAUAUAAGGAUGUGCUGGAGCGUUCAUGGGAAAUUGUAGACGGCGUCAACGUCUCGCUGAGGCUAUGGGACACUUUCGGUGACCACGAUAAGGACCGGCGGUUCGCCUAUGGAAGAUCUGAUGUGGUGCUGUUAUGCUUUUCUAUAGCUAAUCCGGUAUCAUUACGUCAUUGUCGAGCCAAGUGGUAUCCGGAGAUACGCAAAUUCUGUCCAGAUACGCCAGUGAUUCUAGUUGGAUGCAAGAAUGAUCUGCGGUAUAUGUACCGUGACGAGACCUAUCUGUCCUACUUUGGGGAUCGAAGCCCGUUUGUCCGAGCAGCACGUAAAAGUGAUCUCGUAAUGCCAGAUGAAGCUCGGGCAGUUGCCAAAGAACUUGGUGUCGCGUACUACGAAACGAGUGUGUUUACCUACUUUGGUGUGAAUGAAGUAUUUGAAAAUGCAAUCCGAGCCGCCCUGAUAGCGCGCCGUGAGCAUCGAUUCUGGAUGACUAAUUUGAAACGGGUGCAGCGACCUUUGUUACAAGCUCCUUUCCGACCGCCAAAACCUCCACCACCGGAAGUAACGGUGAUAACCGGUAGUCACACUAAAGAUAUGCUAAACAUGUUCAAUUCACAGUGCUACACAGAUUUAGUAUUAAUUGUCGGUACUAUUCGUUUUUCCGUACAUAGAUUUAUGUUAGCUAGUAGUUCUAAUGCAUUUCAUAGGUUACUAACGAUGGACAUCUCUGACUUGGGAGCCCGAAGCAGCAGUGAGUCCAGUAUGGUCAGUUCCACAUUUGGCGAAUCGACUACGGCCGACUUCAACGAGGACACCGAGUGUCUGAUUCGAGCCGACCAGAAUGCCCGAAAUCCCAACAGGAUGUGGGAGCAGCUGAAGCGGCGAUCUAGCUAUCAAGCGCUGCCAACGGUAGAACCGAAAAAGGAUCUUUACCGAGAGUUGCACCAUCCAGUUUUUCAAAGUAUUAGGAUAUUCCAGAUCGAAAACGGGAAACACAGCUAUACUCAAACACAAACCAUAGUAUCUGUGAGUAAGCUUAUCACUCCUCAAGCGAUGCAGCAGUGCUUGAAAUUUAUUUACACUGGAGCCAUCGAUCGGGAGUGUCUCGAUUUGCAAACGGCUACAAUAGGAUUGAUACUGGAAAUACGGCAAGCGGCGGAGUUUUUGGAACUGCCUCAACUGAUGGUACUUUUAUCGAACACGCAAGCGAACCAGAGUUUUAUGAACGAUGAAACUUUGCAGCACUAUUCUACGUGUAUGAAACAAAAUUUAGAGAAAUAUUGUGUUCAGAAUGGGAUCUUCGGAGACAUAACGUUCGAGCUGGACGACGGACACAUGAAGGCUCACCGUGCAAUGUUGGUAGCACGGUGCGAUGUCAUGAAGGCUAUGUUGAACGGUGACUUCCGUGAAGCCCAUGCCAAUUUGAUUGUACUUCCAGGCGUAACCGAAUACACAUUCCACAAAUUGUUGUGUUAUCUUUACACGGAUGAAGUACCGCCUAUUUCAGCGGACAAAUGCUUGAACCUUCUAGAACUAGCGAACAGGCUGUGCUUACCACGAUUGCUGAAUCUGGUCGAAUGUCGUGUAAUAGAAGACCUCACGAGGAUGUCGCAAAACGAAACCAGCGAAGCAGUUGAGCAUUGUCUUAGGUUACUAGAGCCGGUCAAACUCCAUAAUGCACAUCAAUUAGCCGAAUGGUGCAUGUCGUAUCUCUGUGUGAAUUAUAACAGCAUUUGCAAACUGUCUCCACGGAGUCUAAAGAGCUUACAUCCGGAUAACCAAGACUACCUUCGAGAGCACCGAUGGCCUCCGGUGUGGUAUUUGAAAGACUAUGAUUACUAUCAGCGUUGUAUGAAUGAGCUCAAUCGUGAACUGAAUAAUGGGAAGAAAGACUGUACGGCAGAUGACAAAGGCUGUCUAUGCUUUUCCGGAGUGUUUUUCUGGCUACUAGGUAAAUCGAAACGCUCGGCAGCGGCAGCCAAGUCGACACUGCAGACCGCAAUCACCGCCAGUUCAGAUCACCAGGACGUGGUCAGCACCAGUCUGUUCCAGUCAAACGCCAACUCAGUGAAUCAGCUUGACCCGGAGCAUGACGGCGCGGAUCUCUGACAUUUGGCUGAUGGACCGUGGAGAUCGCUCCGCUUCAUCGUAAUUCUGCCAGUGUUAAUCUGCUUCAUCUGCACUAUCCUGAGCAUCCUGAUAAUAUUUCAAAUAUACACCUAAUAUUUGCUAUCGCGGUAGCCACCGCUGGAUGGCUAUUGAUAAACUUCUGGAUUUUGAACUCUAUGCAACCUUACGUCUAUAGAAUAAGGAUACUCGGACAUUUUUGCGUACCGUACUCUACUAGCAAUUGAAGCACACAAAUGCGUAUUUUAAAAUCCUCACUCUGCCAGUUAACGGAAAAAGAACAAAAAAACCCAAGCGGAUAAUGAUAACUAUAAACGCCAACAGUAAAUGGUAGGCAAUUCCGGCCAACGAUGUAAUGAAUGGAAAAAGAAAUCAGCUAAACAAAAAAAAAAAAAGGAUACGUUCUCGCAGGUAACGUCAAAUUUGCUUGUAACUAUAUAACCGAACCAUUUAGUAUACUAUACAUAUACUAAGGAAAUCUGAUGGCAGAUCUUCGAUUAGCUUGUAACAAACAGCGACACUGCUGAAUUCCAGUUUUUCGUGCAAAGAUUACAACAUAUGGAUCUCGAAUCUAAAAAAGCGUAUCCUAUCGAAUUCAUUCAACGCUCGAUCGUAUAAUUGCAUACAUGUCUGUAGUGAUAUUUUACGCCAUACUUUAUGAAGCGAUAAAUCCAAUCAUUGUAUCUGUCUGUAAACCAAAUUGCUGAGAACGAGUGCGAUUCGUUACAAGUAUAAAAUAGUUGACGAAUGAAGUGCGAGCGAAUACUCCAGGGUCUUUUAAAAUGGAACACUAGCAUGAGGAGUUAGUAGAUAAAGUUUAAACAGCAAGUAAAAAAUAGACUGUAGACAUACAUAGUAGUAAAAACAUACAGGCUAAAAGCAGAUUUAAGCAAACACAAUCGUGACAGAAUUUUACUCUCGAAUUUUAGAGUGUUUUAUUUUCCGCACAUAGCUGGUCAGAUGAUGGUGAGAAGCAAAGAACGUGAAAAAGUAACAGGUUAUUGGCAAGUGCCGAACAAGGAUGUGUUGCAAAUUAUUCCCGUUUUAUGUAUGUCGCUGCCAAAUUAUUGUUUUCUUCACAAAAUGCAUGUGUGAUAGUUCAACGCAUAUUUUUACUGCGUUGGCAUAUGAGAUUAUUGGUGGCCCUAUGGUUUUUUUUUUCUUAUUUAAAGACGGAAAGGCAGAUUCGAAUCAAAAGUUGUUGGUUUCGCAUAAUUAGCGCGAUUGUGUCUGAGACAGUACUAAACGGUCAAACUGUAAAUGUGAAAAGUCUGUUAGCAUUUAUCAACAAAGCAUUAUAUUAUGUAACUACACAAGUAAAAAAGCUGCGUUUAGUAGUUUUAUACACCGAUUAUUCGAUAGCAGUUUCAUAGAAUGUUUCUGAUGCUAUUGUAGGUACAUCGUUUAUACUUAGAGUAGCAGCUCAGUUUCUUUUUAAUUUCAACAGCAUGGAAACAGUGAAAAUUACGUUGCGAUUUGAAACCUUUGAGAUAGAAAUUAUGUAUAUUUGUUUUGGUAUGUCUAAUGUAAUAUAGUUAACCUUUCGUCACACACGCCAAAGAAAAUAUAUUAUUUUCUUAUUUACAUACAACUAGCCGCAUUCGAAAGUUCAUUCGUAUUCACAGACAACAGAACGGCUGCGAGAGAAGCAGAAGAAAAGCUAAUCAAAGAUGGGUUUAGAAAUUAAUUUUAAUAAUUCAUUUAUUUUGAUUUCUUCUUCAACAUAAAGGCUAUGCAAUUAGAGUGAACAAACAAUUUGGCGAACUUUCGUUUUAAUCUCCAAGCAAAAAAAAACUAUGCUGUGCAAAAGUUACUACUUCCUAACAUUCGAUGAAAGAUUGAAAAAGACAAAACUAACUCAAGCCUAACAAGACCUUAAAAGAUACAGAAACUAUCACUGCGCUAUUUUCAGAUUUAUUCUAGUGGUAAACUAAAAGAACAUGGAAAAAAAUCGACAAAACAUUAUUUAGUAACACGCAACAUAGAGCAACAACAACAAACAGAAUCGAAAAUAGCUUAGCUACUUUUUUCGCAAAAAAUAAAAGAAAUCCUUUGGAAAUUA